AUGCCUAAGGUGACAUCCUCUCGUGCUGCGGCUGCUGCCCGACGACACAACCCUCUCGCAGAGGAUAUCAUUGGUACCGGGCACCUCCGGACGGACCCUAGCAAAAAGAGCAAGCGCAAAUCAAGGACAGAUGGAGGCCAGGAGGACGGGGAGCGCUUUGUGGAUGCGAAAACUUCCCGAAAGAUUCUACAAAUUGGACAAGAACUUGCGGAUGAAGAAAAUGCUGAACAGGAAGCUGUGCGGGGAGUGACUGCAACGCAACAAAAGUCGGCAUUUGAUUUUGAGUCCCGAUUCGAGGACGAGGACGUAUUCUCGGACGACGAUGGAAAGUUCAAUGAGGAACAAUGGGACGACGAGGAAGAAAUCGAGGAAGUGGAGGUUGAUCCAAACGAUCUCGAUAUGUUCCACAAGUUCGUUCCUAGAGGUGAUGAGGAUCCGAUAUUCAAUCCAAGCGGACUAGACACGAACCGUCAAACCACGAAUCUUGCGGAUCUUAUUCUAGAGAAGAUCGCUGAACACGAAGCGAAACAGGCUGGAAGUACUGGGCCCAUAAUCCAGGGCGGAGGUCUGGCCGAAGAUGCUGUUCAAAUCCCUGCAAAAGCUAUUGAGGUAUACGAGAAGGUUGGUAUGAUCCUUUCUCGCUACAAAUCCGGGCCUCUUCCAAAGCCAUUCAAGAUCCUUCCCACCGUUCCGAAUUGGCAAACACUCCUUUCGAUCACCCGCCCCGAGUCAUGGACUGCGAACGCCAUCUACGCUGGAACUAGGCUGUUCAUUUCACACAAACCAACCGUUGCACAGGAGUACAUAUCGACAGUCUUACUUGAACGCGUGCGAGAAGAAAUUUAUGAACACAAGAAACUUAAUGUUCACACGUACAACUCGAUGAAGAAAGCGCUUUACAAGCCAGCAUGCUUCUUCAAGGGAUUGCUAUUCCCAUUGGUUUCGAGUGGAACCUGCACUCUACGAGAGGCUCACAUCGUUUCCUCUGUAAUCGCGCGCGUCUCUAUCCCCGUCCUGCAUUCGGCAGCCGCAUUGCUUCGAAUGUGUGACCUUGCCGCUGAACAGUCAAUGAAGUCGCUUGAAAGCACUGGUGCCGUGAAUACCUUCAUUCGAAUAUUCUUGGAGAAAAAGUAUGCCCUUCCUUACAAAGUCAUUGACGCUCUUGUCUUCCAUUUCCUACGGUUCCGCGCUGCCGACCCAGCGGAAGAUACAAUGACCGAUGGACCAUCUAAGGCAUACAAACUCCCCGUGCUUUGGCAUCAAUCACUUUUGGUCUUUGCGCAGCGUUAUCGUAAUGAUAUCACCGAGGACCAGCGAGAAGCUCUGUUGGAUUUGUUGUUGGUUCGUGGACACAAGGACAUCGGGCCCGAAGUGAGGCGUGAACUGUUAGCAGGCAGAGGACGGGGUAUAGUCGCUCCUGAUCCUGAGAGACAGAGUGCGCUUGAUGCUGGAGAUGAUACGAUGGACACCACAUUAUAG